UCAGUAAUAACUAGAUUUACGUGUUAAGCUGAUAUCUUGAAUCGCAAGAAAUAAAUUGUUUUAACUAUUAGCGUUGAUAUAAAAAAACUGACUUUUUUCGAUUUUCGUCACAAUAACUGCGCUGUUUGCUAUCGAUUGAUAACGUAGGUUGAAUUCAUAUAAUCACCAUGAAAAUAGUUGUAUUAUUAUGCUUCUGUGCUGUGGCGGCGCUGAGCGCCCCAACAUCGGUCGAGGAUGCAGCCCGUCGCUCCCUACCCGCUUUACAACACGAAGAAGUCCAUGAUGACUUUGGGCAAUACGCUCUACGUUACAUUACGGCUGAGGGUAUCGUAGUUUCCGAGCGUGGUCGUCUCGUACCCACUGUUGAUGGCAAAGAUCAUGUCCUUGUCUAUGAGGGAGAAUAUUCAUUCAUUGGAGACGAUGGCAAGACUUAUACCACCAAAUACAAAACGGAUGUCAAUGGCGGCUUUCAUGUAGAGGGAGAUCAUUUACCUAAAGCCCCUGUGGUGGAAAAGGCUGAGUAGGUAAAAGGGCUUGAACCUGAAGUUCUGUUAGCUGAAGUACAACUGGUCACCUUAAUAAUGUGAAGUGACUACUGCAUCUAGGUAUUAAUU